AUGGGGUAUACUGAGAAAGAACAAGAAAAGGACACUACACAAAUGGAGUCCAAUAAGGAUGAGGCCACCAGAGCUAAAGAAAUUGCUGAGAGCAAGUUCAUUGCAAGGGACAAUUUGGAUGCAAGGGAGGUUACUUUGGAGGCCCUAAAUUUGUAUACUAAAGGUAAUCCUCACAUAUAUACAGCAAUUGAUGUGACUUUUGCUGCCUUAACCAAGCGAAAGGGGGAAACAUAUUGGUAUGGUGUACUUGGUGUGGAUCCUCUGGCUGAUGAUGACACUGUGAGGGAAAGAUAUAGAAAGCUAGCUCGCAUGCUUCACCCUGAUAACAACACGUCCUUUAAUACAGAUGUGGCCUAUAAACUGAUCUUAGAGGCAUGGAGUGUACUAUCAGAUAAGACUAAAAGGGCAGCAUAUGAUGAGAAGAUAAAUGUAAAAGAAUUAACACAACAUGCAAGGACUCAAGAGGGAACUGCUAAAGAACAUGUUUCAAACCCUUUCUGUGAGUCCAUGACAUUUUUGAAAACUUGUCAUCGAUGCAGAAUAUGGUAUGAGUACAGCAUAGUUUAUCUCAACCGUAAACUCAAGUGCAAAACCUGCAAAGCGAUAUUGUCCGCUGUAGAAAUAGCUCCACCUGAUGUGACUGAUAUUAGACCAGCUCCACCUGUAACUGAUAUUAGAGUUGCAGCCCAAAAGACACUUAUAAAGCAGCAGCUACUUCUGUAUUACCAUAGAAAAUUUAUUUUAAAAAGGAUGAUUCCAACCCCAAUUGGUCCGAUCUCAAGAACUUCUGGUGUUUCCUCUUUGUCUCAAGCUAAAAUUGUGGUUAGGCUUCAUGAGAAAGUGAAGCGACAACGUGAGGAAGAAGAAGCAGCUAUGAAAAUGGAGGUGGAGGGGGACUUGUGCAAUAAGCUGAAUGAUCUUGGUAAAGACUUUUUCUCUGGUCCUGCUAAGAGAAGAAGGGGCACGGAGGAUUCAAGCUUGAGCAGCCAUGAUGUGGUUGGAGCAUCUAACUCAUGCAAAUCUAGCCAGGGAAAUUUUGAAUCUAGUUGCAUAUAUAAGACCAUUAACAGUGCAGAAGUUGUCUCCCACAAUGAACAUCAGAAUCUUCUUAUGGAGAAAGCUAUAAAUGAUAUUAGCAAGAAACUAAGUGAAAUGGAGACAAAUCCUACUGAUGAAACAGCAGUGAAAGAGAGUGGAAAUGACUAUCAGAAAGCAAAUGGGAAAGAGGAUGCCAUGGUUAAGGUGAACAAUGAGGAUGCCAUUGCUAAAGCAACAGCAGAUAAUAGCAUGGCAGAAGAUAAUGGGGAGGAAUUGAUCAGUGAUAUGAGAAAACUUGGGGAAGAUAAGGAGGGAAAUAACAAAGAUAUCCAGAAAUGA